AUGAAGACUAUGAAGCUACACUAUUGGAUUCUAUGUUGGUUUUCUAUGGCAUUAUGUUGUUGGUGUAUUUCAGAUAAAUUCGCUCAAAGCAACAACCCUCAUACCUGGAAAAAGCUGUAUCUUGCUCAUCAUUGGCCAGUGACUGUGUGUAAGAUGAGUGCUAAUGAUUGUCAAGACCCUCCAGAAUACUGGACAAUCCAUGGACUGUGGCCUGACAAAGGUGAAGAGUGUAAUAGGAGUUGGCACUUCAAUGUCACUGAGAUUAAGGAUCUUAUGCCAGACAUGAGACACUAUUGGCCUGAUGUGCUUCAUUCAUCUCAGAAUCGUACACAGUUCUGGAAACAUGAGUGGGAGAAACAUGGCACUUGUGCGGCCACACUUGAGGUCCUUAAUUCGCAGAAGAAAUACUUUGGUAAAGCCUUGGAACUCUACCAGCACAUUGAUCUUAACAAUUGUCUCCUGAAAGCUGGGAUAAAGCCAAGCAGUUCAUAUUACCAGAUGACUGCCAUAAAGGAAGCUCUUAAAAGAUUUUAUGGUGUAACUCCAAAGAUCCAGUGUCUUCCUCCAGAGCAGGGUGAAAAAGCACAAACAAUUGGUCAGAUUGAAUUCUGUUUCACCAAAGAACUCCAGCUGAGAAACUGCACCGCAUCGAAGGGUGAAGUGGACCUGAUGCCAGCUGACUUGAAGCUUAGAACUGAGGAGUUGUCUGUCUGCAGUGAUACUCUCCCAACCUAUUAUCCUUCACAGGUUCAAGUUCACAAAUGA